AGAUAUAUUAUACAUAGCAUAUAAAUACACAUAAAUGCAAAACCAGUCUGACUUGAAGAAACAAAAUUUUCAGCAAAUGUGAAAAUGAAGUGUCCUCGUGCUAAAACUAUUUGUGCUCUUAUUGGCCUGCUGUCAAUGACGUAUUCUGCAGAUUCAUUCAGCCCGAAAACUAACAAGACGUCCGACAAUUUGAAUGGAGAUUCGCCUCGUACUAAUCGGCCACACAUCAUCACAAUUAUUGCCGACGAUCUGGGAUGGAACGACGUCAGCUUUCACGGACACGAUCAAAUUCCGACACCGAACAUCGACGCUUUGGCGACAAAUGGGGUGAUACUGAAUCGCUAUUACGUUCUGCCAACAUGCACGCCUUCCAGAACUGCAUUUCUCACUGGACGAUAUCCUCUGCGUACUGGAAUGCAGGGGUUUCCUUUGACUGCCGGAGAACGUUGGGGAAUCCCAGUGGAUACUCCACUUUUCCCGGGGCACCUUCGUAAUCUGGGUUAUACCACCAGACUGGUGGGCAAAUGGCAUGUCGGCUACUACACGCCAGAUCACGUUCCAACCCAACGAGGAUUUGAUUCCUUCGUUGGGUACUACAACGGCUACAUAAAGUACUUCGACCACACGAUCAGGCAGGAAGCAACGAAUGAGACUGGUUAUGACCUGCACCGCGAUGAUCGCCAGAAUUUGACGAUUGAGCGGAACCAGGAUUACUUUACAGACUUCGUGACGGAGGAAGUUGAGGAUGUAAUAAAACACCACGACGUGUCGAAGCCUCUUUACUUGCAGGUUGCUCACCUAGCAGCACAUAGCGGAGAGCCGGAUGAUCCGUUGGAGGUUUGGAAUAUGACAGAAGUCAACUUGACUCUCGGUUACAUCAAGGAUAUCAACAGACGGAAGUUUGCUGGAAUGGUUACGAGACUGGAUUAUUCGGUCGGGCGAACGAUCAAGGCCUUGAAGAACGCCGGGAUGCUGGAAAAUUCGAUCGUUAUAUUCACCACCGAUAAUGGCGCCCAGACUGAAGGACUCCACGAGAAUUAUGGAUCCAAUUAUCCUCUUCGCGGGUUAAAGUUCAGCAUGUUUGACGGCGGCGUUAGAGGAGUUGGCUGCAUUUAUUCGCCAUUGAUCGCAAAUUCGUCGAGAGUAUCGAACGAGUUGAUGCACAUUACCGACUGGAUGCCAACCUUGUAUUCAGCUGCCGGUGGGGAUGUCAAGGUCCUCGGAGAAAUCGACGGAGUGGAUCAAUGGCCCACAUUGAAGUACGGCCUUAAAAGUCCUCGGACUUCGCUUGUCCUCAAUGUGGAUGAAAAGCUCGAAAUAGCUGGAGCAGUUAUGGGGAAAUUUAAAUUUUUAAAAGGUAACCAGACCAUGUACCCUGAAUUUUAUGGUGACAGUGGCGACGGGGAUGAUUACCCGCCUUACUGUGCAGCGUCAGUCAUAUCUUCCGCUGCUGGGCAGGCGAUUUCUCAAAUUUCCGAGUCCGUUGCAACUCCGCAACAGAUCAUCAGCUUGCGUUCGCAAGCAAAAAUUUCGUGUCCACCAUUUCAAAGAUACGUGAACUGCACGAACAGAUGCCUCUUCGACUUGAGUGUUGACCCCUGUGAGACUGUCGAUCUAUCUGAACAGAAUCCGACGAAAGUUGAAAUAAUGGAGAAGUAUAUGGAGAAAUAUGAAAAGCUUGUAGUCCCGCAAUCGACGGCUUUAUACGAUAGGACUUCAACUCCUGCCAAAUUUGGUGGAGUAUGGAUGCCGUGGUUAAAAUUCAACCACAAUGAUGAAACUACGUUGUUUCUCGAAGCGCUGCAAAUCAGUUACACCGGUGAUGUCGUCAUGAAUCUCACGUAGAUGUGGUAAUCAUUACGCUUACGUAUCUGUUCUUAAAUAGAUACAUGGAUGAAAAUUUCAAAUAAUUAAAAUUUAACUCAAGCUGCUCAAGAGUUAUAAACGACAACUGUCACUUGCA